UUAAAAUUUUUAAAAAAAAAUGAAAAAAAAGGUGCUUCUAAUGGGAAAGAGUGGGUCUGGGAAAUCUAGCAUGAGGAGUAUUAUUUUUAGUAAUUAUAUUGCUAAGGAUACUCGUCGACUCGGCGCAACAAUUGAUGUUGAACACUCUCAUGUUCAUUUUUUAGGGAAUUUGGUCUUAAAUUUAUGGGAUUGUGGGGGACAAGACGCUUUUAUGGAAAAUUAUCUUUCAGCACAAAGAGAUCAUAUUUUCCGGAAUGUAGAGGUCUUGAUUUAUGUUUUUGAUGUGGAAUCGAGAGAAUUUGAUGUAGAUUUACAUACAUAUGAAUCAUGUUUAGAAGCGAUUCGAGAAAAUUCGCCUAAAGCUCAAGUAUUUUGUUUGAUUCAUAAAAUGGAUUUAGUCCAAGAAGAAAUGAGAGAUUAUGUAUAUCAGGAACGGUCUAAAAUAUUAUAUCAAAGAUCUGAAAACCUCGAAACUGUAAUCCUUGCUACAUCAAUAUGGGACGAAACGUUGUAUAAGGCCUGGUCUUGUAUUGUUUAUACGUUAGUUCCGAAUAUUCCUACACUUGAAAAGCAUUUAAAGCAAUUUGCUCUUCAUGUGGAAGCUGAUGAAGUUGUUUUAUUUGAGCGAACAACGUUUCUUGUAAUAUCUCAUACAUCUCGUCCCGAAUUUAAUCAUCCUGACCUUCAUCGAUUCGAAAAAAUAAGUAAUAUUGUUAAACAAUUUAAAUUGAGUUGCAGUAAAAUGCAAUCACAAUUCAUCUUAUUUGAGUUGAGAACAUGUCCUUUUUCUGCUUUUAUUGCUCCUUACGCUUGUGAUACAUAUAUUCUUGUUAUAUUAAGUGAUCCUCUUGUACAAUCCGCUGCGUUAUUAAUGAACAUAGAAAUAGCAAAAAAUAGCUUUGAAAGAAUUGAUGUUCCUGAUAAAAAUCAUGUUAAGACUGUUUCUUCUGGAUAAUAAAAUAGAAUGGCAA